UUCCAUGUUUCAAAAAUCGAGUACAGUGGUUGCAAACGACCGUUUAUUUUGUGUCCGGGAAGUUUUGGCUAGUUAUUUUCUGAAGUGAAGUAUCAAAUGUUGUCUUUUUACCUACGUUAUAUAAGGCGUAAAACAAAAAUCCCUUUACAGGCUUGCUCCGACCUGUAAGCAGCAGUGGUCCGAUGGCGUGGUAGGAAGCUCAUUCCGUUUGAUUGGUGUUCUUUUAUGGUCUUGCGAUGCAUCGGUGCUUGAGGGCGGCGCUAAAGAUGGUGUCCUGUGAAAGGCCAUGCGUCAAGAAGCCCAGUGUGUCAGUGUUUGUGAAGAGAAAUACGUCGAAGUAUUCUGCCGCUCUGCUGAAAACCCCUUCAGGAAGGCUAAGAACAUCGGCUAGAAUGCCAGAAAUAAACACGGAUGACCUGGACGAGAAGCAGGUCCAGCUCCUCGCUGAGAUGUGCAUCCUGAUCGAUGAAAACGACUGCAAGACGGGUGCUGACAGCAAAAAAAACUGCCAUCUGAAUUCAAAUAUUGAUAAAGGCUUACUGCAUCGAGCAUUCAGCGUUUUUCUGUUCAACAGUGAAGAAAAACUCUUGCUGCAGCAAAGAUCUGAUGCCAAGAUCACUUUUCCAGGGUGUUUUACCAAUACAUGCUGCAGUCACCCCCUCUAUACCCCGGGUGAACUAGAGGAGCAGGAUGCAAUUGGAGUAAGGCGUGCUGCCCAGAGACGAAUGGAGGCUGAGCUGGGAAUCCCCCAGAGUCAGGUCCCUCCAGAGGAGAUGACAUACCUCACGCGGAUACACUACAAGGCCCAGUCGGACGGCAUCUGGGGAGAGCACGAAAUCGACUACAUUCUGUUCAUGCAGAAGGACGUGGAGGUCAACCCAGACCCCAAUGAGAUCAAGAGCCACUGUUAUGUCACUAAAGAGGAACUUAAGGACAUGCUGAGGAGGGCCAAAGACAAAGAGCUGCUGAUCACGCCCUGGUUCAGUCUGAUUGCAGAAACCUUCCUCUUCAAGUGGUGGGACAACCUUCAGAACCUAAAGCAGUUCAUGGAUCACAAGAAGAUCCACCGGAUGUAGUGGCACACAGGUUUUUUUGACUAAUUUCACUACGUGAAAGGAAGCAGCGGUUGUAAUGUACUGAACCACUUGGGGUGUCUCUAGCUCAUUAUUUUCUUCACGGGAGCAUGGCUGAAUUUACUGUUUUAGAAAUUAAUGUAUGUUCUCCCAAGUGCCUAGUCAACACUGAAGUAAUGGUAUGAAGCAAUGUUCCAUGUGGAGACUAGUUGCUGUGAAGUUUCCAUCACGAUGUAAAUUAAUUUACAGUACAUUUUAAAAUCAUUGUGAUAUCUAUUUUCCUUGAUUAAAUAAAAGGCGCAUAAUGCAUAUUGGAAUUUUGGGAUAUUUGCAUCCAAAUGAUUUGUAUUCAGUCUGACCCGUGGCAUUUUAAGCCACUGAGGCACUGGUAUAUAGAUGUAGACAACACGUCAUAGACAGGGCUCUAUGGUAUUUCUGUUAUAAAUUUGUAUUAAAAUAUAAAUUCCCAAGACCUCUGGAGCAAAACAAUCAUUGUUUCAAAAGCUGCAACACAACCAAAUGUAUGACUGAUGUGGUUUUUUUGUCAUCAAAACGGAUUGGUUCUCUACACUGAGUUCAGUGGGCCGCAAGCUCUUUUGCACUCUGCAAAGUUCCAGGUUCCGCAUUGCCUGGCCCCUCACCUUCUCCAGUUCCUAUAUACACUUUAUAUGGCCAUUGGGUAAUGAUGUAGGCAGCCACUACAAUGACUGCUAAAACCUGUUAAACUUCAAUUCUUUUAAUACCUGUGCGGCUGUAUAGCGUAACGGAUGGACAGUCUGCCUUGUAAUCAUGGUGUUGAUGCUAGACAAUUAUUUUCUGAUUCCAAAAAUGAAAGUGGAGAUGCAACUACUUUUUAUAAAAUAAACAAUAUCAAAUUAAGUAUACAAUGUACUUUUAAUCAUUGAUGUUCUGAAUGACACAUCUUGACAAAAGAUUAUUUUGCGAUACUGGAAAAUUAACUUCAUGGUGUUACUGUGUUACCCACAGGUGGCAGCAAAUACUACACAAAUGAAAGAGCCAUGGCACAAUCAGUUUUUUCUUGCAAUUGAAGUGUUUAAGUCAAAAAGAUGUCAUUUUUCAAAAAUCUAAAAAUGAAAAUAAUUAAACAUUUUUGAUGUAUGGCAUGUCAUUAUUAAACACCAGAGCUGGAGAUCUGA